UGGAGGGGCAGCUGUUUUAGGAGGCACAUGGGGCUUGUACUCACCAGGUGGUUCCCUAAUGGGUCUUCGGCAGCACUUCAGCGGCGGGUCCUUCACUUGCUCCAGGUCUUCCGCAGCACUGAAAGACCCACCACUGACGUGCUGCCGAAGCCCCGAAGCGAGUGAAGGACCCCCGCUGAAGUGCCACCACAGGGAACUGGUUCUUAAGAUUUUGACAACUCAUCACUGAAUACACUUAUAAAGUUUGUGAACAUUUAAGGUCUAGAAGACAUGACCCAUGAAGGAAGAUUGACAUAUGAUAACAUAUGAGGGAAGACUGACAUAUGAUAACAGUUUUCAAGUAUGUACAAAUAAAGUAGCAUCUUUUUACAAAAGCUUUUUCUUACAGUUUAUAGGUAUCACUAACGGCUACAGUUAGCACGUUUCUACACGUAGCAAUUUCAUAUAGACUAUCGUGCAAGAAACUGCUAUCUGCAGGCAUUUGCUACAGCAGGUAGCAGUUUACUACCAUAGCAGUUUCUUACAAUCUGUACGUAUCGAUAAGUGCUACCGAUAGCACAUUCCAACACGGAGCAGCAUCCUACACACAGCUCCCAGCUCGGCCUGGCUGAACCCCGGAAGGCAGCGGCCAGGGGGCCGGGCCAGGGCGGAGCAUAAUACCGGCUGCUUCCCGGCCAGCUCUCUGUCACUGUGCAAGCCUCGAUCUGCUGCAGAGCCGGGUCCGGGGCCCCGUCCUAAGAGAAGGCUCCGUUUCCCCUGGCCGGGUGUCUGUGCAGAGCUCCUGACGCCGGUCUCCCCAUGGCGAGCUGCUUCCGCGGCCCCCUCCCGGGGCGCCACUCGCUGCCGCUGUUCCUGCUGCUGCUCCGCGUCUCCCUGGCGCAGGAGAGGGCGGUGGCCACGUCCCUGCUGAGCGGCUAUUUCGGGACCAAGUCCCGGUAUGAGGAGGUGAAUCAGCACCUGCUUCAGGACCCGCUCUCCCUGGGGCCCCCGGAGCCGGGGUACCUGCUGCCCUCCGCCGCCUGCGCCCCGCUGCAGCUCCGCGCCCUCAUCCGCCACGGCACACGCUUCCCCACCGAGAAGCAGAUCCGCAAGUUGGGCCAGCUGCACCGCCUGCUCCGCAGCCAGGAGCGGCCCUGCGCCGCCGCGCAGCAGUUAGCCCACUGGGACAUGUGGUACCAGCCAGACAUGGACGGGAAGCUGGCGCCCAAGGGCCGCCUCGACAUGGAGCAGCUGGCUCAGCGUCUGGCCGCCCGCUUCCCGGGCCUCUUCUCCCCGCAGCGCCGCUUUGCCUUCACCAGCAGCUCCAAGCACCGGUGCAUGGAGAGCAGCGCUGCCUUCCGCAAGGGGCUGCAGCUGGCCCUGCACCGGCAACCCCCGGCCAGAGUUAUCGAGAAUGAGGAGACUGAGAUUAAUGACAAAUUAAUGAGGUUCUUUGAUCAUUGUGAGAAGUUUGUAACCUGUGUAGAAGAGAACGCUACAGCUAUGUACGAAGUGGAUGCCUUCAAACAGGGUCCUGAGAUGAAAAGGGUUUUGGAAAAAAUUGCGGCUACUUUGUGUGUACCUGUGCGUGAUUUAAAUGCAGAUUUGGUCCAAGUUGCUUUUUUUACCUGUUCGUUCGAGUUAGCUGUUAAAAAUGUGAAUUCUUCCUGGUGCUUACUCUUCAAUGAAGAGGAUGCUAAGGUACUGGAAUACCUGAAUGACUUAAAGCAGUACUGGAAGAGAGGAUAUGGGUAUGAUAUCAACAGUCGUUCCAGCUGUAUUUUAUUUCAAGAUAUCUUCAAACACUUGGACGAAGCCAUUGCAGAGAGUAAACGUUCCGUGCCCAUUUCUUCACCUGUAAUCCUGCAAUUUGGACAUGCAGAGACCCUUCAGCCACUGCUUGCUCUAAUGGGUUUCUUCAAGGAUGAGGAGCCUCUUACUGCUAACAAUUACAAAAAACAAAUGCAUCGGAAGUUUCGUAGCGGUCACAUUGUGCCUUAUGCCUCAAACCUGAUAUUUGUGCUUUAUCACUGUGACCAAGCUAAGACCCCUGAGGAGGAGUACCAAGUACAGAUACUGUUGAAUGAAAAGCUGCUGCCAUUUCCUCACUCGGAGGAAACUGUCUCUCUGUACACAGAUCUGAAGAACUAUUAUAAGGACAUCCUUCAAAACUGCCACUUCAGUGAAGAAUGUGAAUUAUCAAAAACAAAUAAUACUUCCACUGAUGAACUUUGAGGGAGAAGAAUAGAGCAAAUAUCAUGGAAAUUGAUUUCUGGUAUGCAGUUUGGUAUGUGUGAUGAGCAAGUGUUUCUCAUCAGUGUUGGUUUUUUAUUUCCUGCUCAUAUAGUCACAUUCUUAUCUUACAUCUCCAAACUAAUAAUAAGUGCUUAUUCCUAUGUCUUAAUUCAGGGAUUUCUUAAAAGUCUAAGUAUAUGUUGUCUCUAUUGCAUGAGCACAAUUUCAAAAAUAAUUUCUUUAAUUAACCUGGCUGUUGGGAUAAGCAUUUGUUACAAAUAUGAAGAUGCAAGGUAAAGUAUAUUUAUACAUUUAUAUGCAUUAAUAUAUAAUUAUUUAUAAUAUUCCUGGUGUUUGAGCUUGCAUAGUAGAUAGGUUUAGAGGGCCAGGGCACUUUAGCUUACCAAAAUGGCACUUAGUGGAACUGAUGGCAUUUCCCUCUCAUCUGUCUCCCUCGCUCUAUUCUUCCUUCUGUUUCUUAGUGUUUCUCUGAUGUCACAGGCAUAAAUUGACUCUCUCUUAUUUGCUUAUUUUUACAGCUAGAUGUUGGCUGCCAUUCCAGGGUUCAAGAAGGAAAGGGCGCACUGUUUAGGCAGGAGUGAGCCAUGAUUCUAAUUCCUGCACUCUUCUGAGCAUAGCAGCUUCCUUGGAUAGUGCCCCCAUGGGUAUUAUCCACCCAAAAAAAUGCAGGGGUUGAAUUUCCAUGGCAUAAAGCCUUCUUCAGCCUACCUGCCAGAGCUAAUUGGUCACUGAGGGAAACGUGUCCUGAAUUUUCUGAAGCCAUGCAGUGGCCAUUGCUCUGGAAGAUGUACCAGUCCUCUGCCACCCUUAUAGAUCUCCUUCAAUUUCAUACUGUUUUUGUUUAACAGUUCAGGUUAAGGCAUGCAACUAUUGCAUGUUUGGCCCCAUUCAGACUGGAUUUCCUCAUCCUCUGACAAGUGGUGGUGAUAUUAUAGUCUCAUAACUAUCUGGCAGAGAUUUUUGCUGUUAUUCUGGAACCAAAUGCUAUCAGUGCUAGCCAAAAGCUUGGGCUUUUUUGGGUAUGUCUACUUUGCAACUGAGAGUGUCCUUCCCUGCUCAAGUCGACAGACGUACGCUAGUUCCACUUGAGCUAGCAUGCUACACAGCAGUGUAGCCAAGAAUACCUUGGGUGGCAGCUCAGGCUAACCACCUGAGUACUAACCCACUGGACAUCCUGGGUUCAUACACAUUUGGCUAGCCCAAGCUACCACCUGUGCUGCCACCAGCUACACUGAUGUUUUUUUCCGUGCAGCUCGAGGUCUGUCUACCUGAGCUGGGAAGCACACUCCCAAGUGCAGUGGAGAUGUACCCCCACCUAUGUGCCAGCCAAUCCUUGAAACAGGACUUUUAUUCUAAGAAUGGACUACUUGUUCCCUGAGUGCAGUACUGCUAAUUUUUAGAGGAGAUUGUACCUGUAUUAAAGUAGGAUUAUUUGCCUCUGAAAAAUGUAAGAUACUGUAAA